UCUUCUUCUUAUUGACUCCGCCACCACCACCACCACCGCCACCUCUUCAAUCAAACUACUCCGACGUCAGAAGUUAGGUAAGCGUGUAAAGGGAUAGACACAGGAGUCAUGGGCUGCUGUGAAUCAUCGCUCUUUAAAAAGAUGACUCGACCAGAUAAAGCCAAGGUACAACAUCGUAAACAACAUCAUAACCAAAAUCUGCCAUUCAACCACUCACCUCCCUCCGGAGAUUCUGACGCUACUGCCGUUGCUGCUGGAGUACCUCCUUUCUCCGAGUUCUCACUUUCCGACCUCAAAGCCGCCACCAACAACUUCAGCUCCGACUUUAUCGUCUCCGAGAGCGGCGAGAAAGCCCCCAAUCUCGUUUACAAGGGCCGUCUUCAGAACCGCCGAUGGAUCGCUGUCAAGAAAUUCACUAAAUUCGCCUGGCCCGAUCCCAAGCAGUUUGCUGAGGAAGCUUGGGGCGUUGGGAAGUUGCGGCAUCGUAGGGUUGCGAAUUUGAUCGGGUACUGCUGCGACGGCGAUGAGAGGUUACUUGUUGCUGAGUACAUGCCCAACGACACCCUUGCGAAGCAUCUAUUUCACUGGGAAAAUCAAACCAUUGAGUGGGCAAUGCGUUUAAGAGUUGCUUUAUAUAUUGCUGAAGCCUUGGAUUAUUGUAGUAUGGAAGGGCGACCAUUGUACCAUGACCUCAAUGCUUACAGGGUCCUAUUUGAUGAGGAUGGUGAUCCACGGCUUUCCUGUUUUGGCCUUAUGAAAAAUAGCAGGGAUGGGAAAAGUUAUAGCACAAAUCUUGCAUACACCCCUCCAGAGUAUUUAAGAAAUGGAAGGGUCACUGCUGAAAGUGUCAUCUUCAGCUUUGGUACUGUCCUCUUGGAUCUGCUAAGUGGGAAACACAUCCCUCCAACUCAUGCUCUUGACAUGAUACGAGGCAAAAACAUUCUUCUCUUAAUGGAUUCACACUUGGUGGGAAACUUUUCAGCAGAAGACGCAACUGUGGUUGUUGGGCUUGCUUCUCGUUGUUUGCAAUAUGAACCUCGGGAGCGACCAAAUCCAAAAAACCUUGUUGCGACACUCGCACCACUGAAUACAAAACCUGAUGUUCCAUCUUAUGUGAUGCUUGGAACCCCAAAGCACGAGGAAGCUCCUCCUACGCCACAACAUCCUCUCUCUCCAAUGGGUGAGGCGUGUUCACGAAUGGACCUCACAGCUAUCCACCAGAUUUUGGUGAUGGCACACUACAGAGAUGAUGAAGGAACCAAUGAGUUAUCGUUCCAAGAAUGGACACAACUAAUGCGAGACAUGCUGGAAGCAAGGAAGCGUGGGGAUUUUGCAUUCCGUGAUAGAGAUUUUAAGACUGCAAUAGAUUGUUAUUCUCAGUUCAUAGAUGUGGGAACAAUGGUUUCUCCUACUGUGUACGCACGACGGAGCCUCUGCCAUCUCAUGUGUGAUCAACCUGAUGCUGCCCUCAGAGAUGCAAUGCAAGCACAGUGUGUCUAUCCAGAAUGGCCUACGGCCUUCUAUAUGCAGGCUGUUGCGCUUGCCAAGCUCGACAUGCACAAGGAUGCAGCUGACAUGUUGAACGAAGCGGCAGGACUAGAAGAAAAGAGGCAAAAAAGCGUGAAAGGGUCCUGAGAAACCCUAGCACGCUUACCCCCCAUGAUUACAGAUUGUACCCACCCAUUGUUGUUGACAACACAUUAUUGAGCUUUGAGUGAAGAGAGUUGGGGAUUUGGCUACUCGACCGAAGAAAUGUAUUAUAGCGAGAAAAAAACCCUUCUUUUUUUCUUGUAUCAAAUUAUCAAUGCAUGUGCUCUUUUCUCCAAUUGUUAAUUUUUCUUUGUAAGACAUUUAUCUGGUUUAAGAUGUGUAUAUCAUGGAAUAUAUAAUACAACAGGAUUUUUCUA